CCCAGUGCACCAUUCUCCGGGCCGUCCCCACAUCCGCCCAGCGCCACCUGGACUGGUUAUUUCUCGGCGCCGAGGCCCCCGGGGCUGCACCCGAGCCUCCACCGCCCGCUGCAGCCGCCGCGGCUGCUGUUGCUCUCCGGCUUCCCCUCCCCCAACACCCGGGGCUCCGAGCAGGAGGAGGAGGGGCCGGUGCGUUCUCGCCACCGCUCUUUGCAACCUGCGGGGGCCGGUGCAUGCCCGGCGAGAAGCCGGGCCGCUGCAGGUGCGUGCAGCCUCGGAGGAGACGAUCCCCCCACCCUCGGGCAAACCAGAGAGCUGCAAGCCACGGGCAGGCGGUCGAGCGAGAGGAAGCAACAAAGACAAGCUGCAGCUGGGGCCGGCUAGAGGGGCCGCGGCCGCCGGGCUCCUGGCGCGGGCGGAGAGGGCGCCCCGGGGAGCUGCAGCCCUGAGCAGGACCCCGAGGGGAGGCGCAGCGCCGCCCGCCGGACGCGGUGAGCACAGGCCCCGGCGAGGAUGAGCCGCCUGAGCGCCGGAGCGGCCCGGUUGCCGGGCGGGCACGACCCCCGCUGAGCCGAAAGAACCCCCACCCCGGACUUCGGACGGCGCUGGCCGGAGCCUGGAUCGACCUCACCGACAGCGUCCCUUCCCACCUGGAGAGAGCUAUCGGCCCCCAAGGGGGGCUUCCUCAGGCAUCCUCUGCCACCUCUGCAUGGCUGCAACCCAGCGAGCGGAGAGUCGUCCCCGCUGAGACCUGGUGCCCUUCGACGGCCUGGCUGAUUCGGGACCCCGCCGCAGAGUGCGCCCCGCUGCGGGCCCCCAGCUCAGCCAUGCUGGCCUGUCUGCAGAGGACCCAGAACACCCCCGGCCAACACCUGGCCUGCCCGACCAAGAGCCUGGAGCUGCGCAAGUGCGAGACGGUGGCCAGCUCCAUGCAUUCCUCCCGCUACCCAAGCCCGGCCGAGCUGGACGCCUACGCCGAGAAGGUGGCCAACAGCCCGCUCUCCAUCAAGAUCUUCCCCACCAACAUCCGCGUGCCCCAGCACAAGCACCUCAGCCGCACAGUCAACGGCUAUGACACCAGCGGCCAGCGCUACAGCCCCUACCCGGCACACACGGCCGGCUACCAGGGCCUGCUGGCCAUCGUCAAGGCCGCCGUCUCCUCCUCCUCCAGCGCGGCCGCGCCCGCCGGGCCCGCCAAGAGCGUGCUCAAGAGCGCCGAGGGCAAGCGGACCAAGCUGUCGCCGGCCGCCGUGCAGGUGGGCGUCGCGCCCUACCCGGCGCCCAGCACACUGGGGCCCCUGGCCUACCCCAAGCCGCCCGAGGCGCCCGCCCCGCCGCCCGGCCUGCCCGCGGCCGCGGCCCCCGCCGCCGCCGUCAUCCCCCUGCCCGGCCGCGGCCUGCCCCUGCCGCCCUCCAACCUGCCCUCCAUCCACAGCCUCCUCUACCAGCUCCACCAGCAGUGCCAGGCCCCCGGCGCCGCGCCCGCCGCCUGCCAGGCCGUGCCCGGGCCCCCGCCCAGCCCGGCCAAGCACGGCCCGGUGCCCGGCUUCCCCCGCACGGCCUACUCGGCCACGGCCGGCCCGCCCGAGUGCCGGAAGGGCGCCGAGUUGGGCCAGGGGAGCACGCCCGCGGCCUUGACGUUGGCCGGGGCCGCCAAACCCGCGGGCUACGCAGACGGCGGCCUGGAUUACCUGCUGUGGCCCCAGAAGCCGCCCCCGCCGCCGCCCCCCCAGCCCCUGCGGGCCUACGGCGGCGGCGCGCUGGCCAGCAAGUCCCCCGAGGCCUGCGGGGGGCGGGCGUACGAGCGGGCCAGCGGGUCGCCCCUCAACUGCGGCGUGGGGCUGCCCGCCAGCUUCGCCGUGGGCCAGUACUUCGCCGCCCCCUGGAACAGCGUGCUGGUGACCCCCACCAGCGACUGCUACAACCCCGCGGCGGCAGCGGCGGCGGCGGCGGCGGCGGCGGCGGCGGCGGCGGCGGCGGCCGCUGGGACCGAGCUGGGGCCGGGGGCCGCCCGGGAGCUGGCGGGGCCCCCGGCCGAGACCCUCUCGGGCCUGCCCAGCAAGAGCAUGUGCAACACGGCUGUGCUCAGCAGCAGCCUGCAGUCGCUGGAGUAUCUCAUCAACGACAUCCGGCCGCCCUGCAUCAAGGAGCGUAUGCUGGGCAAGGGCUACGAGACGGUGGCUGUGCCCCGGCUGCUAGACCACCAGCACGCCCACAUCCGCCUGCCCGUCUACAGAUAAGGCCAGCCCGGCACACGCACGGACCGACGGG